ACAGACGGGCUAUUCCACGACCCAAUUCCUACUAGUCCUAGUCUGGCUCCCAGGAGAUAAUCAGAUAGGAGAACCGUGACAUCUCAGUGCUGAAACCAGCCUAACUCUUAGUUAAGUAUGAUCUUAGCAAUUCCCAAUGUGAAUUACUAAUUCCUUGCCCCCUAAAUUAGCGAUUGAGUGUCUCAAUUAUCCGAGCGAUUGUUCAGUCGUGUAUGAAAUCCGGUAGAAUAAAAUAUUUCAUGUAAGUGACUUGCUAGUACUUGAUAGAAACUCUUUACGCCUCGUAUACUUCAUGUACCACGUUAGUCAUUUUAAUAGAGCAACUCAGCUUAGAUUCGUUUCCUGCUAUUAAUCUUCCUUGGCCUGUCUCAGUUAUACUCGAUGCCUUCUAUUUUAACAUUGCGCGAAAGGCCUGAACCCUAGACACUCGAGUGCUAGGGUUCACUUUGAGAAGCCAGAGCUUCAUUCAGAUAUAAUAGCUUCAGAGUCCCUAAAUCGUUGCUCAUGAAUUUGUAACAUGGUCGAGUCGCUGCCUGUUUCUGCCUUGACCCACGAACUUGGAUGUAUUAACGGGUAUAGAUUCCAAGGAUUAUCGAAACACGAUGUCAACCAUGAACCUCGAUGGACGCCGGAGCAUAGUUAGUGUACGGUCUUUCGCGGCAUUUGAAAGAUAUGACGAGGAUAAUAAGGAAGAAAGUAACAUCACCGAUAUCCUCCAAAGACGAUCGAGUUUGGGCACAUCUAUAGCCGAAACCGUCGCGUCGCCGUUAACAUUUAGGAAGAUAUGGGCAGAAACCGCAAAUUUGACGCCUGCGGAUCGCCAAUCCAAACGUCCGCUAAGUAUUCAGAGUGGUCACGAACAUGCCCAAGCCGAAUCAGCUUCCGAAACAGCACCAGGUGACCUUCAACCUGCCGAGACACGUUUGCCAUCAAGUCCUAAUAGAAGUGUGUUUUCUCGCUCGACAAAAUCAAGAGAAAAGUCGUCAUAUUCUUCGCUCGGGCCCAGAGAUGGCAACAUUCUCCACGCUUUGCAAAUCCAGGGUCUAGCAGAACAAGACGGACUCGAGCCCCUAGCGGAAGAAGAAAUUGAUCCAUCCUCAUUCAAUCUAGUUUCCCCAGGCAUUAGCCUAGGGCUUCAAGAUUCACUCGAGAAAAGAUCAGAGGCCAUGUUUUCCGCAGAUCACCUAAAAGUCAUAUUCGAUGACACGCUUCUGCUCCGAAAUUUUAUUACUUUCCUAUACGCUUUUAGGCCGAAAUCCGUUUCCCUUCUAGUAUACUAUCUAGACGCCUCCAAGGCACUGAAAGCCAUGAAUUAUGCAAACUCGGUUGUUCGGACAUUGGUUCCAGUUGGGGGGCUAGAAUAUAGCAGAAAAGUAGUGCCUGAAAUCACAAAUGGCCUACUACUGGACAUGGCGAAUGAAGCUUUCGAGGUUCUAGCAGGAGAGGAUCUACCCGCAUAUAUCACUUACGUCUGGGCCCAGACGGUAAGGAUGACGAUCAAAAUGCGAAUCGCAGAUACAUUACCUGAGAACCUCAAAGAACGUUCAGAAGGACUCGCUGAAGCUUUCUGCCUGACAGACCCAUCACGACAUGGAAAUCCCGUCAUUUUCGCUAGUAAGGAAUUUUACAAAAUGACACAAUAUGCGCCAGGGUACGUCCUAGGACGAAAUUGCCGAUUCAUUCAGGGGCCUUAUACCAAUCCUUCAAGUUUACGAAGAAUGAGAGACAAUUUGGAGGCCAGAAAAGAACACUGCGAAACCUUGUUAAACUACCGACGCGAUGGGUCCCCAUUUAUGAAUCUCGUAAUGGUUGCACCUCUACUUGACAGUCAUGGCGUUGUUCGGUAUCAUAUUGGCGCCCAGGUGGAUGUUUCAGGUCUAGCGACGGAAUGUGCGGGGCUUGAGUCACUCAAACGUCUCCUUUCUCGGAGACACAGCGAAUCUGCGCUUAGAGAUGAAGAGGCCAUUCCUCUAGGUAUCAAGGACGACUUCAGCGAGCUCGCCAAAAUGUUCAGCCUCCAUGAACUGAAAACAAUCCAAGGAAUAAGCAGUGUACAUCGUCAAGCAGAAGGAACAAGCGUCGGGGCUAAUUCAGGUUACGAGAACCCGAGAGACCUGAUUACCGACGAUAUUGAACCGGACUUUGGCCUGCCCCUUAAUACUUCAGUCUCGUCAGGGGGGCGAUUAAGUGGAAUAUAUGAACAUUACCUCUUAGUUCGCCCAUAUCCUAAUCUCAAGGUUAUAUUCGCCUCCCCAUCGCUGCGAAUUCCUGGUAUGCUGCAGAGCAACUUUAUGUCUCGUAUUGGAGGCCCUCAAGCUACUCGCGAAGUAGUUCUUCGAACAUUCGCGAGCGGCCACGGAUUCACUGCCAAUAUUCGUUGGAUGACACGGACGGAUAACUAUGGCAGGAAUAGGUGGAUUCACUGUACGCCUUUGCUAGGGAUCAACAGAGUGGUGGGGGUAUGGAUGGUGGUUAUUAUUGACGACGAUGCGGGAACUAUCCUAAGUCGAACUCGAGACACACCCCCAGUGAACUCGUACGUCAAUAAGGAGAGACCUUUUGACAAUGACACGAACCUCCCUAGUUUCAUCGGAGGGAGAAAAGAGCAGGAAAAACCUCGCCCAUCAUCGGCUCUAGAGCAUACUUCAAAAAGUGAUAAUUUCCGUUCACCCACACUAAGGUCUAAUAAGUCUACUUAGUAUUCAUGAAGCGGAGAACCAGAUUACCCCUUUUUGACAUGCGAUAUGACCUGUGUAUCGUAUUUCUACGUUGUAAUGCAUGAUUAACUCACAAUAAAUACAGACUUAUUGCCCUGGACUCGU